AUGAGGUCACUACUUUUUUACCUAACAAUAUUCGUCCUCGUCGAUGUAGCUGUAAGCCAGAUUUACCUUACCACAUGUGCCAGAAUGGAUGUUCCUAUUCUUGAUAAGGCUGCCAGAGCAGCUUGCAUUACGUCCUGCAGUAUACAGAACUGUGGCACGGGAUACUGCGAAAAACGUGGCGGCCGGAAGACUUGUGUGUGCUCACGAUGCGCUAAUGGUGGAAAUGUCCCACUUGACCUCUUAAUCAAAAAGAAAGGGAAAUAA